AUUCAAAUUUCAUUGACACAACCGUGCUUAUUGGAUUAGGAGAUUAGUGGAGGUUGUACAGUUCUAUGAUAGUUCACACCAUGGAUCUGUAAUUCCUUCAGGAUAUGAGAUUGGACUUCUUGGUGAACUCAGCAACGUAACGAACUUCUGGAGUUUUAAUAAGAAAGUGUAACGUGCGGAUUUAAAGAAAGUAAGGAAACAUGACUACGGAUGAUAACGUAUGUCACGAUGUAAUUCAAAUUGACCGAAGUAGAAAAAUAUGAGCUGAUAGAUUUUGACUAAUUGACUAAAAUAUAUCAUUCCUAUUGCCACACUUAAAGUUAUUGGCCUUGUGUAUAAACACAGUUGGAGAGUUUCUAAUCAACGCGAAAUGGAAAUCCAGCACUGUCGAAGAUCGUAAUGCUUAUGUGACUACUACCAGACUGGGGAAAAACUAAUAACGAAAUAAUAUUUCUACUUAUUUAUUGAAUAGAUAUUGAGAUCAUUAUAAAUGCCAUCGCGUUAUCCACUUAGCUACUGAGUCCUGUUAGCCACCUGCUUGUGCACUAGCAGCUGACGAGUCCCAAAUGGGAUGAAACGUGCGUCCUGGAUUCUACUGCUAGCCACUAUCCAUUUUUGCUUAUAAUACUUGUGAAUUAAGGCAAUAUCGAGGCACUACGCACAGUAUGCACAUAUGCUAAUAAGAGACUGAUCAAUUGCAGUCCUAAACAUCAAUGGGAAGAUUCAAGUAAACAAUACCAAGUGAGAUAUUCAUAUAAAAAAUGCCAAUGAAAUUAUAUGAACCGUUCCUAUCUUGGGAAUGAUGUUUCUGAUCAUAGUGUUUAAAUCUGUUUGGUCCAACUUUUAUCCAAGACAAGAUUGGUAUGAAAAAAUGCAAUAAUAUUGAUAUGUUACUUCAACUAUAUCCCAAACACUGGUUACUUUGUCCUAUGUUUAAUAAGUUAGACUUAAUCCAUUGGUCAUUAAUUUUUAUAGACAGAUAAAUACGUACAGAUAUAUACAUACAGACAAGAUCGUUUGGUAACAAAACGAUAGGUGGAAGUGGACAUAGUAUACAGUGCGAUAUUAUUCGUCUCUGUUUAUUAUUGCUGAGAUGAUCACAAAUAUACAUACAUGCAUGUAAACACUAAUGAUGUACUUAUAGCAGUCAAUUAUUUUAAGUGUUUGUUCAUUUAUAUUCUAAGUAGUUAACUUUUUGUUUACAUUUUGCACAAAUAAAAGUUUGGCAGGGAUGUGCUUCUAAUAACCUGUCGUUUUUCGCGGAAGAGCAAUACAUAUUCGCAUUCGAAAUGGGAAACAUUUAAAUUGUAGAUUGUUUUAUUCAGAAGCCUAUCAUUCUAACAAAGCAGACUUAAAAACUAUUUUUCAUGAAAUCAUGUGAACAAAUGAAUGCAAAUACAGUGGAGAAUUUUAUACAUUUUGAGACGCUAGUAUAAAAGAAUGGAAAACGAAAAUCACCUCUAUAUGGGGAAUCAAUGAAAAAAUUCAGAUUACUAACCAUAUAACUAUCUGCUUUCAUACUGAGAACUUCUAUUCUGGAAUGUGCAAUCAAUGGAAAUCACUUGGAAUAAUAAUACUAACAGUAACACCGUUACAACUAAUUCAUCAGUACCAAACAUUACUGAGACUGUUUUCACUAAUAACAACACUGUUGGUCCUAAUGACACUCCAAAUGUCAUUCCGAACAGUGAUAGUAACAUUUUAAUGAAUGAUCGAGUCUCAGGAAAUUAUGUUAAGGUUACAGAAAAUGGUGAGGGUGUUAAUGGUUUGCGUAAACCACGUCGUAAAACAUCACAUGCUCAUUUAUUAAAGUCGAAAACAUUCUACAAAACCGUAGACAGAUUUCUAGGUCGAAAUCUACCCUUGAAACAAGUAACAAAUGCUUACAGAAGUCAUUUAGCAUCAAAUAAUCAACUUCCUAGUGUUGACCACAUCUCAGUACGUAGCCGUGAUUCAAUAACAGACAUCCUAGAAAAGUCUGUUUACAUACCAGCAUUUCUUAGAGCUCGCAAACAUCAUUGUCGUGUAGUACUGAAUGUUGGUGGUGAACGACAUGAAGUAAUGUGGAAGACUCUAAGGCGUCUACCGUUAUCUCGUCUUGGCCGGUUGAGUAUAUCAAAUAAUCCUGCAGAACUAGCUCAGUUGUUUGAUAGUUAUUCGAAUGAGAAAAAUGAAUUAUAUUUUGAUAGAUAUGCACGUUCAUUUGGUUCAAUCCUUGGUGUUUAUCGUACAGGACAUUUACAUUUUUUGGAAGACAUUUGUGUGGUGGCUUUUAAAAAUGAUUUAUUCUACUGGGGUAUAAAUGAAUACCAAUUAGAAACGUGUUGUUAUUAUAAAUAUUAUUUAAAAAAGGAACAGGUUCAAGAAGAAUUAAAGAAAACUAGAGAAAUAAAUCUAUCUCAGGCUCAAGAAGAACAAUUUGGCACAGGAAGGUGGGCUACAUUGCAAAAGUAUGUAUGGGACCUGGUUGAAAAACCUCAGACUUCAAUGGCUGCUAGAAUAUUUGCUGUAAUUUCAAUAGCUUUCAUCAUAUUAUCGAUAAUUGGAUUGAAUUUAAGUACAAUACCUGAACUACGUGGAAAUUCGUCUGGAAUUAAUCAUGAUAAUCAUACCACAAGUAAUGCAGAUUAUGUAAACGAACAUUUAGAAACGUUAGAAUCAAUUUGUACAAUAUGGUUUACAGUUGAAUAUGCAUUACGCUUAUCAGUUGCGCCAAAUAAAUGUACAUUUAUUAAAAGUCCAAUGAAUCUUAUCGAUGUUAUUGCUAUACUACCUUAUUAUUUUUCUGUGAUUUUUGAAGUAUGGCUUCAUUCCCCAUUAGAUUCACUUGUAUCUAUGCGUAAAAUUGUACAAAUGUUUCGUAUUCUGCGUAUAUUACGUGUUUUUAAAUUAGCACGUCAUUCACAAGGUCUACAAGCACUUGGUUAUACAUUAAAGCAAUCUUAUAAGGAAUUAGGUUUAUUAAUGCUAUUUGUUGUACUUGUUGUUCUAUUAUUUUCAAGCUUAGCUUAUUUCGCUGAAAAAGACGAUAAUAAGAAUGAAUUUCAAAGCAUACCGGCUACAUUUUGGUGGGCUAUCAUCACUAUGACAACAGUUGGUUAUGGUGAUAUCACACCAAAAACAGUAUUAGGCAAAGUCAUCGGUUCAGUAUGCUGUAUAUGCGGUGUGCUUGUUGUCGGUCUACCAAUCCCAAUUAUUGUUAAUAAUUUCGCUGCAUUUUAUCAUGAUCAAAUGAGACGUGAAAAAGUUUUAAAACGACAAGAAGCUCAUAAUGAAGGUUGCCAGUUGGGAGAUACGAAUUUUAUGAAAAAGUCAAAUAUAAGUCAGAAAGCGUUAUACAAUAAAAGAAGUUUCAAUGUUAUUAGAGAUCGUUAUUCAUUAGGUUCAAUAAAAUCAGAAAAUGCUAUUGAGCGUGAUUAUCACAGUAAUUAUAACAGUUGUUGUAAUAAAUUGACAAGUGAGAAGGAAAGGAACUUUAUAAACAAAGAAAUAGGAAUCAUUAAUCCUAGCGACAAUUUGAUUAGAUAUAAACAAGUUAGUCUGAGUGUGAAUGAUGUCGAUAGUAUGGCUUGUGGUGAAUAUUAUUCAUGACAUUUAUAUUUCCACAAAUAUAAAUCGGUAGUAUGUUUGAAAAUGGGACUAUAUCAUACGAAUAAGAUCAGCUUGAUCUUUUUUCCUCCAUCUCUUUGUCUAUCUCUUAAACGGUUUUUUUUAUUCAUUUUUCCUUGAUCAUUAUUUGCACUUCAGUCAACUCAUGUUAUCGACUAUUCACACCAAAAGAUAAAUACUGAAUUUUUUCCCUUAUGUUCUUACCAUUUUUCCUACAACUAUUUGCACGAAUUAUCAGAAUUUUCGGAGUCUGAUGAAACAGAUUGUUUAUAAGUAUAAACGACAUCAUUUAUUUCAUUAAAUAUAAUUCUUUUAAAUAGAAAUAAAGAGAAUUCAACGAAAAAAUCUCUUUU